CACGCAGACCUCUCCUCUCCGCCCGGGGCUUCAUGGAGGAGCAGAACCGCUUCAGAGUGAAACUGAAACAGGGAGACUGAUGAGAGGAGCCUCAGUGUGUGUGGGCUGCUUCAUUACCAGCUGCGAGGUGGAGAACAGACCGAGAAUCCACAUGACGGAGUGAGCAGCAUCUUGGACAGAGAGCGUCUUCAGGGUGGACACGGUGAAGACAGAUAGCCCCUCUUCAUGACGACUUGAACACAACUGAAGCAGAAAACAGGCUUCCCACGAGACCCGCCUCCUGGACCAGGUGCUGGAGCUGAUUAUGAGCGAGAAGCCCCCCAACAGUGCUAGUCUUUUCCUGAACGAGGACGCGGACAAACCCCCCCUUCCAGAGAGAGGAGACCUGAGGAGACGCCUUCGCAGGGCCAUGGAGAAGAGAGCCAGCAGCAUGAAGGAGAGGAUGAGCUCCAUCGGCCGGGACAGCGUCAAAGGUUUCCUCAAGAGGAACCUGUUCGUUCUGUUCACCGUCGCCGCCGUGGCUCUGGGUGUUCUCCUUGGAUUUGCGCUUCGCCCCCACAACCUGUCCCUGAGGGAGAUCAAGUACUUCUCGUUCCCAGGGGAGCUGCUGAUGAGGAUGCUUAAGAUGCUGGUGCUGCCGCUGAUCGUCUCCAGCCUGGUCACAGGUAUUUCCUCUUUGGACAGUAAAGCCUCAGGUAAGAUGGGGAUGCGCGCGGUGGUCUAUUACAUGGUGACCACCCUGAUCGCUGUGUUCAUCGGCAUCGUCAUCGUGGUCAUCAUCCAGCCGGGGAAAGGCAGCAGAGACAGUCCUGUGUCUAAAAGUGGAAACAUAGAACCGAUUCAGGCCACGGACGCUUUCCUGGACCUCAUCAGGAACAUGUUUCCUCCAAAUCUGGUAGAGGCUUGUUUCAUUCAGUAUAAAACUGUGUAUAAGAAGAUGGUGCACAUCAGGAACGUGACGGUGGCUCUGAACCUCACCGACGCUUUGAACGUGACCGAGUCUGACCUGAGCGUGAACCUCAGCCGGGUGCUGCACACCAUACAGGAGACGGUGGUGGAGACGGUGCCGAUGUCCGGCUCGUCCAAUGGAGUGAACGCUCUGGGUCUGGUGGUUUUCUCCAUGUGCUUCGGGCUGGUCAUCGGGAACAUGAAGCAGAAGGGUCAGGCUCUCAGGGACUUCUUCGACUCUCUGAACGAAGCCAUCAUGAGGCUGGUGUCCAUCAUCAUCUGGUAUGCUCCGGUCGGCAUCAUGUUCCUGAUUUCGGGGAAGAUCGUGGAGAUGAAGAACCUGGCGGAGGUAGGGGGGCAGCUGGGGAUGUACACAGUGACGGUCAUCGUGGGCCUCCUCAUCCACGGCCUCUUCGUCCUGCCGUUGCUCUACUUCUUGGUGACCAGGAAGAAUCCCUACAUCUUCAUCGGCGGCCUGCUGCAGGCGCUCAUCACCGCUCUGGGAACCUCGUCCAGCUCUGCUACCCUGCCGAUCACUUUCCGCUGUCUGGAGGAGAACAACCGCGUGGACAAACGAGUGACUCGUUUCAUCCUCCCUGUGGGCGCCACCAUCAACAUGGACGGCACUGCGCUCUACGAGGCGGUGGCAGCCAUCUUUAUCGCCCAGGUCAACGACAUGGACCUUAACUUUGGGCAGAUUCUAACCAUCAGCAUUACGGCGACAGCUGCCAGCAUCGGAGCAGCAGGCAUCCCUCAGGCUGGCCUGGUUACCAUGGUGAUCGUAUUGACAUCGGUGGGACUGCCCACGGAGGACAUAACACUGAUCAUCGCCGUGGAUUGGUUCCUGGACCGCCUGCGCACCACCACCAACGUGCUGGGUGACUCGCUGGGUGCGGGGAUCGUGGAGCAUCUGUCUCGUGCAGAGCUGCAGAGUCAGGACGCCGAGGUGUGCAACUCUGUGAUCGAGGAGAACGAGAAGCCCUAUCAGCUCAUCUGUCAGGAAAAUGACUCACUCAACCACCGCAACAGUGAGACCACAAUGUGAGGACAAGAGCUGCACGCUUAAGGGCUUCUAGACCGAGUUUAGAUCAAAGGUUGACGUGCAAUGGUGCAGGGAUAGUCUUAAGAAAUAAUAGUUCAUGGUCUCAUCUGCCAAUGCGGGUUUGAAGAUCAUUUAUCAGCUCAGAAAAGUUAUCUGGGAAAGGAAACACAAAGAACAGCUGGUUGGUUUGCUUUUUAGGAACGGUUAAACAUAAUGCCCAUAAUAACAUACUUCUACCUGCAGUGCCAGUUAUUUGGAGGUAUUUUGCUGUUUGAUGACUCUUUUGAAAUCAAUUUCAGGCGAGCUUAAUAUGUCAAACACAGUUUUCACAUAGUCCUUAAACUCCAUCAUGUUUUCAAAAAUGUCCAUAAUUGAUGAUACAUUCAGUCAAAGCAGCAUAUGCUCCUUACCAGUCAGUGUUUGAAUCUGAUUGUAGAGAAACAGCACCAUUCAUAAAUAAAGAGCAGAUUUGAAUAUGCAAAUCUGCAUAAUUUC